GCCAAGGUGCAGCCCCUCGGCUUUGAUGCCUUCCAGCCCCUUCUGGUCGGGCCGCCAUCCUCCCGUACACCCUCCCUUCUACCCCUCGCCCCGCGCCCGUCUCAGGGAGAGCAUGGAGCUGUGCCAGGCCUCUUCUAGGUCCGCGGGUCGCCUGUCUCUCAUCUGGCGCCUCUGCUUGCCGCGCGCUCCCAGUUGCGGUUCUUUUACACCGAUUGCUCUCCCACUUAUCCGCGCCUCCUGCUUGCGGGUGCUGCCAGGGUCUUUGCUUGAGAACAAAGCUGGUUCCAGGGCCGGAUCUCAGUCAUGGUCUUGGCUUUCCUUUAUUAAACACUCUGAGAGCACCAGCUUCUCUGUAGGUUAUUAUUUUAAAAUCGGCGACAGGGUCUCACUCGUUGCCCAGGCUGGCCCUGAGCUCACGCUAGCCCAGGAUGACCUUGAAUUGGGCGAAGUCCUGCCUCAGCCUCCCCACAGAAGUCACAGCCCUGUGCUACCAGGUCUGGCUUUCUGUAAUUGUAUGCACUAUUAGAUACAAGUGUACUUCUGUUUAACACAUGCCGCCCCCUCUUACCCCGCUGUUGAGUUCUGUAAGGCAGGGUAAUGUCCUCAUGACCGUCCAGCCCCUAAUAGAGUGUCUGCACACAAUAAAUAUUAACAAGUUUGUGAAAACCAGGCCCUCUGGUGAGCACCCUGACUUAGUAAUCUGAUGUGAGCGGCAUUCAGCAGAGGCGGCAUCAAGAGUGUGGACUUCAGAGUCAGGCCUAUAGUCCCAGCUCGCAGGUGGUGGAGGCAGGGGGACCACAUUGUUAAAGGCCAGCUCAAACUCAAAAACAAAACAAUAACAACAACAACAAACACCAAACUCAACAAAAGCAAAGUCAACAAAACAGCAGUCCAGAUUACCUCGCAAGCCCCAUAGGUGGGGCAGCUUGGAUACACUGUUUCUCUUAGCACAGGUGAACUUACACUGUAGCAUGCUGUGAAGACAAAGUGAGUUGAGACAUUUGAAAUGGGCUGAUAAGGCUGGGCUCUACUACAAAGGCCCAAUGUGUUGUUAAGUAUUAAAUGAUCAAGCAGGAACAUUCUGACACCUUACUUUCAGGACAGAUGCCUUAAUAGUUAGUAACAGCCUUCCCUGGCAGGAGAGGAUUGCUCAGAAGGGUCGUGGGGGUUUCCUCUUGGUUAGACUGAUGGCUAGUUGGGGGCCUGGAUUUGCCUUCCAGGUAGGGCUUGGACCCAAGCUCAGUGCCUCCCAUCCCCUUCGCCAUUUCAUGGGCGACAAUCCAGGUUUUCUGAUCAGAACGGUUACUUUAUAUCCUCGUGGACAAGCUUGCUCCCCCAGUUUGUAUGCUAAGAAGCAGGGGUGUGGCCCUGAAACACUGCAGUGCCUGUCUAGACAUGCCCUCUGUGAGAGGAUGGGAGAAUCGAGAACUUGGGCUUGAUUUUAUUGAUGUCCUUUUGGUAAAUUUCCCAGUGAGGCCUGCCUAUUUUGUAACUCACUCCUUGUGGAAUGGGAUUUGCCUCUUGCCUUGAGUAUCUUACUGGGCCAGUUUUAAAAUGUGGUUUUAUUGUUGUUCAGGUGUGGUGAGACAGAGAACAGGAGGUGACUGAGUUGGAAAGGCUAGAUUUGUUCCCACAGUCCUCAGGAGAUGGGCCCUGCCUUGACACGAAAGCUCCCAUUCAGGAGGCAGGAAAAGCGAGGGGAAAUGGUAAGAAUCUUGACUUACCAUGGCAGUGGCGGAGCAGCAGAAACACAUUUCGUGUUUGCUUGUUUGAGUCACUUCAGCGCACCUUGAGAGGUGGAGAUUUUCACGCUUGUUUGCUGCUGACCUUGAAGUGGUUAGGAUGGGAGAGUGGUCCUGAGGGUGAGAGCCUUCCUGAGACCUUGGGAUGAGGGGAUUCCCAGAGAAAGGAUGCUCACACCUAGUUGCUUCCUGCUGUGGGAACUGGGAGGAGGAUAAUUGGUGUGAAAGUGUGUUUAACAUACCAGCAGCCCGAGCUCCUGUAGCACCUUGCUCUUUCCAGGAGAGGGAAUGGAAUCUCAGAAAAGGUCAGCUGCUGAGUAAACUCUCACCAUGAUUACUAGACAGAGUAUGAUUGGCUGACUCCAACAUUGGUGCUUUUGUGAGCUAAAUCACUUCCCUGCAAUCUGCCAAAUGCUCUGGAAACGUUUCCCAGUUUGUAUUAGGUACCUGACAGUGUUGACCAAUGCUUCUUUGAAAUUCGUUUUUGAUCAUGCUGACAUUCACGUGAGUGCAUACACAUACGGACAUGCGCGUGCACACACACAUAUGUAAGUUCAGUUAUAUAUGUAUUUGUGGUGUAUAGUUUCAUGUUAUUUUUGGGUUGAGUAAUUUUUGGCUCACAAUGGUGAGCCAGAACAAUAUAGAUUGUUGUAUAGUCAUGGACAAGACCAGUAGUCCCAUUAAAGUGUUUGUAUGAUGUGUAUCUGUGUGCAUUUAUGUACACCAUGUGCAGGUGAGUCCCUGGACCUGGAGUUAAGGUGGUUGUGAGCCCCUGUGUGGGUACUGGGAACAGAACCUGGGUUCUCUGUAAGAGCAGUAAGUGUGCUGAACCAUCUUCAGCAAACCCUCCCCACCCUAAUAAAGUGUUUUUUCCCCCAAAAAGCUGAAGUAGUUUGAGGGAAAUGUAGUUAACUUUAACCUUGUUAACCUUACAACUCCUUGACUGAGUCAGAGUUCUCAGCACUGACAUGUCAGGAUCUUUGUAGACGCUGUCACAGAUGUAGUUCCUGGGAUCUGAUUUAGGUGCAUCUGACUGAGCUAGAAGUCACCCCACUCACAUCCUCAGUGAGUGAGAUGAGGACAUUAAAAACUCUCCCAAGGCACAUGAAGGGAAUAUAUGUAGCAUCCUUACUAGUAGUAUAUCUAGUCUUACUAGUAGUAUAUCUAGCUGCCAGCCAGAACCGAUAGCUAGCUAGUGAGUGAUGCAUAAUGGUCUUUUUGUUUGUUUGAUUUUGUCUUUUAGAUUCUUUUAUUUUUCAUUUAUUUACAUGUUCUGUGUACUAAGUGUUUGCAGAGCCCUUGGAAGCCAGAAGUGGACAUUGACUCCUCUGGAACUGAAUUUACAGACUGCUCUCAGCUGCCCUGUAGGUGCUGGACUUGAUCCCAGGUCCUUUGGGGGAACAGUUAGUAUGUGUGCAUGUUGUUUGUCCCCGGUUAUUUCUGAAGCAUCUGUUAAUAUCUGUCACAGCACAGAGGAAAUGCUGCUUUGAAGGUAUCUCAGACCCAACUUUCUUACUGAAUAGUUCAAUAUAUGGCUCACUCAUCUUCCAGCCACUAGAGGUGCCCAGAAACCUGAAUUCUUUCUUUAGAUUCUCAGUAGGUUAGAACUCAUUAUGUAGCCAGAGCUACCUGGAAUUCAGUCUUCUUGCCUCAGGCUAGUAAAUGGUGGGAUUACAGGCUUGAAACACUAUACCUGGUCUUGACCCCUCUAUCUUCCAAACCUUUAUCAAGUAGGUCUCUAAGUCUUGCUCAGUUUCUGUAUCUUGGAUCCUAUUCCUCAAGCCAUUACAGUCUCUCACCUGAAUGACUGUGGACCCACCUCUUCUGCAUACCACUCUGCCUGGGAGACAGACCUUCCAGCCACGCUGUGGCUUUGGCUCAGACCAUGGAUAAUUUGGCUGUUCUGCUAUAGCUAGGUAGUCUUUUCAGGAUGUUCAGAGAGGCCACAGCCUUGGCUUGUCCUGCUCCAAAAGGACAAAAUGGACUCAGCUUUGUGAAAGUUGAAGAAGAAAAUGUUUGGAGGCAGGACUUCAGUCUUCAGGGAAACCUCCAGAGCCAGGAGGUUUUCCGCCAGCAGUUUAGACAGUUUGGCUACUCUGACUUCACUGGGCCUCGGGAGGCUCUGAACCAACUGCAGAAGCUUUGUCAGCAGUGGCUGAGGCCAGAGGAGCGCUCCAAGGAGCAGAUCCUGGAGCUGUUGGUGCUGGAGCAGUUUGUGGCCAUCCUGCCUGUGGAGCUGCAGGCCUGGGUGCAGGAGCAAAGACCUGGAAACGGAGAGGAGGCUGUUACUCUGCUGGAGGAGCUGGAGAGAGAAUUUGAUGAACCUAAACAGCAGGACGCAGCUCUUGGCCAAGAAAUGACACUCAUGGGAACACAGAAACCUCUGAGUAGCCCACUGCAGUCCUUGGAGGACCAUUGCAGGAGUGAACCCCAGGAGCCUCAGGUUUUCCACGAGAGAGAUGGGGCAACCCUACGAUGUAGGGUUGAGGAUGAAGAUAGCAAGAUGGUGACUGACAAAGUACUAACAGCAAAGCAAGAAAUUAUUGAAUGUGUUACAUCAGUGGCCAUGGCAUCUCCAGGAAGACUUCCUAGGGAAUCUUCUCCAGUACAGAUAGUUGAAGAAACUAUGGGAUAUCUGGACAUCAAUAAGCAAAGAGGAAGUGAUGAUGCAAGCAACAAAACAAGUCCACUUUCUUCCCAGGAAAGCUAUUUCAGUCUGGCAAGCUUUAACAAGAAACCCCCCACAGAACAGAAUACCUUCAAGUGUAAUGAAGGUGAAGGAAUUCUCAGUCUAAACCUACACAGUACUGCACAGUCCAGAACUCACACAGGGAAACUGCUCUAUGAGUGUUUGGAUUGUGGGAAAGCUUUUUGCCAUAGGUCAAAGCUGGUUAGACAUCAAAGAAGUCAUACUGGAGAGAGACCUUAUGCAUGUAAAGAAUGUGGAAAAGCCUUUGGUUUCAGAACAGAUCUUGUUAGGCAUCAGAGAAUUCACAGUGGUGAAAAACCCUAUGAAUGUUGUGACUGUGGGAAAGCUUUCAGGGGCAGCUCAGGGCUCAUUAGGCACAGGAGAAUUCAUACUGGAGAGAAACCUUACGGUUGUGAAGAGUGUGGGAAAGCCUUCAGCCAGAGCUCCACUCUUAUUCAGCAUAAGAAGAUUCACAGUGGAGACAAAGGCUAUGCGUGUACUGAAUGUGGUAAGGCUUUUAGGAGAAGUUCUGUUCUUAGGGAACACGAAAGAAUCCAUACUGGUGAGAAACCUUAUGAAUGUAAUGAAUGUGAAAAAUCCUUUAAUCAAAGCUCAGCCCUCACCCAGCACCAGAGAACCCACUCUGGGGAAAAACCUUAUGAAUGCUAUGAAUGUUGGAAAAUAUUUAGGUAUAGGUCAGGCCUUAUGCAGCAUCAGAGAGCACACACCAGAGUUCAGCUCUGUGGGUAAGAGUUAUGUAAUUGUGAAAUGCAAGGAAUUCACUUUGAAGGGGGAGAUUCCACAAAAAUUAGAAGUUUCCAGACAGCAAGACUUUUUCUUUCCAGCCUAGUUCAGUUCUCUUAAGAGACCCACACAAACAGCUUACAUAUUGGAAGAGUUUUAUCUAGAUCUUGUUUAUAGAGUCUGGUAAAAAGACGGACCCACUCUGAAUGAGGACUCUCACCAAUAUGUUCUUCAUCCAUUCCCCACCACAGAUAGAACUGUCAUUGAGCACCUCCAUGACCUCCAUGACCGUGGAUCCUGCACGAUCUCCUUACAAAUGCAAAGAUCACUGCCCAGCCGAAGUGUUUUUGUCUGGCAGGAGUGCAUUUUUUAAGUUACUGAAGUCUGAAAUGUUGAAUUGAGGCUAUGAAAUGUCAUGUCCUGGGUCAGUUUAAUAUCUGAGGAAUGGAAGCUGUCUGCCCCAUUGCCAGUUCUUUCAACCCUGAGCUUCCUGAUGUAGUCUACUUCCUUAUUGGUACCUCCUGGGCCUAACCAUUGGGAGAACAGACUUGAUCACUGCCCCCUCAAAAUUUAGGGCUAAUCGAAUAUACAAAUUUAUUAACCAAGUAAUUCUGGUAAGAGUGUGUCAAUAACUGCCAGAUAAUUGUAGGGCUCUGUUGGAAGAUAUUCAGAGAUGCUUUACCUGAUUUAUGAAUUAACUAAAUAUAUCCUUGGGUGUGAUAUCUCAUUUGAGACUUAAAAUACAGAAGUUAGCCAGGCUAAUGGCAGAAGAACAGAGGCAGAGUUUGUAUAAUAUAUACAUGGAAUGAUGAGAAGAGAGGAUCUGGAGACAUUCCUGUUUCUUCAUUUCCUGCUGGAAUUUUCUGAUUCCAGUUCAGAAGCCAGGUUGGUUCCUUUUGCUGUUUGUAAUAGCCUGAGUUGGAUCACGAGACUUUUAUGAUCUGGAAGUACUCAGUUAGCGUGGGAACUAGUGUUUCUAAUGUAUACCAAGGAAACAGCAUACACUGGAAGCUGAGGGACACUGGGGUCUGGAGUCUGUUUCAGCAUUAGGCUUGCAGAUGAUAAGCCACUUGAGGGAAAUACAUAUUGAAUCAAUCUCUCAGACUCUUCAAAACUUUAAUUUGGCAGUUUUAAUUAACCCAUGAUUGCUGAUGGUAAUUUUUACUUAGGAAAAUGCACCAUUUUUGAAGACUUGGUAAUAGCUAUUGUGAGUAGAGGAGAUAAAAAUGGAAAUGGUUCUCACUUCCAAAGGAUGUGCAGUUAAGUAAGAUCUGACUUAAAGAGAUAAUUCAAAUGGACCGUGAAUUGCCUUUCUUAUAGAUGACAAGUGUUUUAAGUAUCAUUUGACCCUUUUUCUAAUUGCGAGCAUUGAGAAGUAUAACUCAUCCAUAAUUGUGUUACCCAUAGCAAGAUUAACUUUUGAACUACUUCCUGUUUUUCUGUAAUUCUAUGUAUUUCUGGUAAAAAUCUCUAGUAUAAUUUUCUAAUUUUAAUAUUUUUAUGUUCAAUAUGCACUCCAGUUGCUUAGUAUCAGCAUGCAAUGGAAUGUAUUGUAAUAAAACUGAAAUUUUAAAAUUUUGCUUUUAAAUCAUUCAGGUAAAAACACAGUAUGAGUGGAGUUAGGCUGGAGGGUAGGAAGGAGUAGAAAAAAGGGAAGUAGCACACUUAAUUUCUAGUUCCUGAAUUAAAUGAAACAGCAUGAAGCUGUGAUAGCCAGACUUUUGAGUUGCUGGAGUACUGGAGUGGAAAAUCAAGACCCUUUUAAAUUCAUACAUAUACUAAAUCCACCAGGAUAGCCUCCCUCAGCAGUGCUAAGUGCUGAGAAAGACCUUUGGUCUGACAUCAAAUUAUGUGCAUGUGAAUGCAAAUGCCUACAGAGGCCAGAAACGGGCACUGGAUCCCUUUGGAGUGGAGUUACAGGAGGUAAACCACCCGGUGUGGGUGCUGGGCAUGGAACUCUGGUCCCCUACAAAACAGUUCCUGCUCUAUGCCAUCUCUCUAGUCCCAUGUUUUGGGUAAUUUUGAGACGGUUUCAUAUGAAGCUUAUGGCCGAGAUGUGACUUCCUCUUCAGUGGUUUGCAAACAGAAGUAGGUUAUUAGGUCACUGUCAAAUGACUUGGAAACUCAGUCCUCUCAGAUCUAGUUGCAGGCUGUGGCAUGAGGGAGGAAGGUAAGUUCCAUGUGAGGCAAGCACUGCUUUACAGGCUGCUCCUGGAGCAAGAGGAAGAGCAGAGAGAAGGGCACUGGCUGUUUUCCUUUCAGCUGCUGUUGGCGUCCACUCCGUUUCAUGAAGGCUGACAUUGACUGUAAGAUCAUCUUCAGCCUCGCUAACAUGAGAAUACAGAUGAGCUAACUUGUUUAUGUCUGCUGAACUCAUGAGAAAGCCCUAAUGACAGGAGUUCUGAAAUACCACCUGCUUCUCUGAGCCAUAAAUCAUCAUGCAUGAAAGUUAACUUGCACAGGAAUUUAGAAUUUGAAGGGGUUCUUUCAAUAUUAUGAAAGUAUGUCUGCAUUGAUUUCGUCAACAAUGAAAGAUCAGAGUUAAGUUAGUUAAAACUUGAGACAGGGAUGUCUUAGAAGGCAAGUACUUAUUUUCACUAUUUUGGGCUUUUGUUCACUACCCGCUCUGCCUAGGGCUACGGAUCUAGGGAUUAAGCCUGGGGCCUUAAAUAUGGUAAAUUUAUGCUUUACAACUGAACAAUAUAGUUCUCUUGCCCCUCCCUCUAUAGGCAGUGCUAGAUUUUGCAGUAAAACUUUAAAUACAAAAAUAGCACAUUACCUGUAACUUCACCACCCAGAAGUAACCAUCUUGACAUUGUAUGUCUGUUAUUUUUAAUGCAUAAGUUUUACAUGGGUUCAUGUUGUAUAUAGUGUAUUUAAUAUCUCAUGAAUGUUUCACAUGUUUUAACAGCUUGUAAGACUGCAUAUCCAUGGUUCCUUAAGUAUAUUUCUGGGUAGAGUGUCAAGGUCCAAUGCAGUGUUGAAGGGUUUUGGUACUGAUUGCCAGAGGUAAUGUAUUCACAGUUCAUUAGCAGCAAGAGUCCUAAUGUUCAAAUCCUUGUUAAUUUUAUAUGGAAAAUAAAUACCACCUUCACUCCUA